AUGAAGGAUCCAAUGAGCACCUGCUCCUAUAACCUCUUGUACCAAAAUGUGAAGCGAUAUUCAAAAAAUGGGGAGUACUUCUGCAAAGAACUUAUGACGGUUUUUCAACAAAGGGCUGAGCUGGAGCUUACUUAUUCCAAAGGACUACAAAAACUUGCUGGCAAACUCAUCAAGGCAUCCAAAGGAAUGACAAACAAUUCCACCUACAUCGCAUGGUGUCAUGUGUCAGAUGAGAUGUACUCAACAGCAGACACCCACAGGGCAUUAGGAAAUGCAUUUCAGCAGGAGGCAAUUCUGGAAUUACGACAAGCCUUAGACGAGCACAAUAAGAGGAAGAGGCCUCUUGAUAGUGUUGUGGAAAAAACUGGAAAACUUGUCGCUUCAAACUGGAGUGAGCAAAUCAAGAUAAAGAAGAAACUGGUUGGAAUAACAAGAGAGCAUGAGGCUCUAUUCAACUUUGUUGAGAACAACAAGCAAAUUUGCACAGAGAAAGAAAAACAAAAGAUGCUUAACAGGCUGACUAAGUCAGCAGAGGCACAGACGCGGGUGGAUGAGGAGUACUUUAACAUCAACAUGGAGGGUCAUCAGAUCAGACUAAAGUGGGAAAACACACUGAAAAACUGCUUCCAGAUCAUCCAGGAGCUUGAGAAGCAGCGGAUUGAAAUUCUUUGCAACAUGCUGAAUAGAUACAGCCUCCACAUGUCCAGCUUUGGGCAGACUCUCAUACAUGGCCACAAGCAGAUAGAACAGGCGAUCCAAAGGGUGGAUAUGGAAAAAGACAUGCAGACCCUAGUGGAGGAGACCAGCAUCACAACUGAGGACAACAAAGCUGAGUUUCUGAUGGCUGAUUAUUUUGAGGAGGACAGCAAGUCACUGAUGGGGAGAGACAGAAGAAGAGAAGCCAUCAAAAUCAAACUCCAGCGUCUGGAGGACAGCAUUGCAAAAACAAAAAAAGACUGUGAGGGAAUUGAAAGACUGAUGAAGACGUAUUCUGAAAACCCAUCCUUUUCAAACCAAAAGAACCUUGAGGAAACUGAACAGCUCCUUGAUGAGACCACACUCAAACUUGAUCUUCUUGAGGCAACUUAUUACAAACUCUCCAUAUCAUUGUCCGAGUUGGAGGGAAAACCCAGGACUUUUCACCGAUUCACUGACAGCAUCACAAAAUGGAAAGACAAGGACUGUGAGCACAGUGUUGUUCAGCUGACCCGUCCAGUCAAAAUCAGGAAAACGUCGUUCAGGUCCCGCCAGACGCUGAGAGCCUCCAUCAUUUACAAAGGACCUGUUCAGAGUGUGACAAAACCAUCUGUGGAGCCCUCAGACACCGCUGACCAAGUCACCGCCUCUGCCUCAAACCAAGAACCCGCAGUGGUUGAGUGUGACAGCACUGUUAAUGGAGCCCUGCUGCCUAAAACUGAUGACAAAGGACCAGGUGAAACAAGAGCAGAAUGGUCCAGCAUAGGAAAAUGCAAGGCUCUGUAUGAUUUCACAUCUGAACAAGAGGAUGAACUGAACCUUAAAGAAGGAGAUCUGCUAGAUAUCUACCUAAAGGAGGACAAUGGGUGGUGGUAUGGCGCACUUGACGGGCAGAUAGGCCAUUUCCCAUCAUCCUAUGUUGAAGAGCUGCCUGUCUUAAGCAUCGUCAACUCAUCUGAUGCAUGACUGCACUGAUACAUGAACCAUGCAAG